UACGACAGGCACACCGCCCAUCCGGUCAGUCGGUGUCAGGAGUCGUCUCGGCGAGGCGGGGGUGGUGCGCAGCCGGUGUCAGGAAUCGCCGAGGUGAGGCGAGGAUGGUACCGCUGUGUGGCAGCCCCGCGAACCGGCGGCUGCAAUUGGCCGCAGCCAUUCUGCUCGUGCUACUCUCCACCCUGCUCCUAAUGCACGCGCCGCUCAGGCCGGUGGAGCUGGUGUCAAACCUGUCCUCUGAGUCGACCGCGGAGUCUGAGUUGCUCGACGUGUGCGCGCGCCUGCGACGCCACGCGGUGGGCCUGGUGCCGGAAGUGUGGGACGUGAUGCGCUGGGUUUGCCGAAAGAUCGGCGCCGACGUGCCCCCCGAGUUGGGUGGCGCCGGCUGCAACAAGUCGCUCGUGUACACGCCGAUCGGUCGGCUCGGCAAUCUAAUGGGGCUGUACGCCAUCGUGUACAGCUACGGCAGGAUGUUCGGCGCUACCGGGUACGUGGAAGACGGCAUGCGGGGCACGCUGAAGAGGUACUUCCCCAACAUCUCGCUACCGCCGAUGUCGAAAGUGCCGGACGCCGCCUGGGAGCUCAUCACCUACCAGCAGGCUGAGGAGAAGCUCGCCUGUCCACCCGAGGAUGACGGUGCCAAGCCGCGCUUCUUUCGCAUUAGCAACUACCCAGACCGCAACGGCAUCGACGUGUUUCACCCGUACCACGAGGAAAUUGUAAAGGAGUUCACGUUUACGACCGCCAUGCAGAAACAGGCACAGGAGUUCCUGCGGUAUGCCAAGGGAAACCGCAGCUCCGUGACAUACAUCGGCUUUCACGUCCGGCGGACCGACUACGAGAGGUACAUUCGGAAGCAGUAUCAGGAAUCACUGCCGGACGAGGUCUACUUCAACAAGACUCUUUCCUACUACCGCGCCCGCUUUGCCGACGCGCUCUUCAUCGUCUGCUCCGACGACCUGACGCACGUUGCCAAGGUGCUGAAGGGGCAUGGUGACGACAUCGUCAUCGCAGGCAACCGCAACAUCGGCGACCCGGGUCGUGACAUGGCGCUGCUGUCCGCCUGCAACCACUCGAUCGUGACGGUGGGCACGUACGGCUUCUGGGGCGCUUACUUGGCUGGCGGCACGGUGCUGGUGCCGGAGGCGCAGACGCACCUGUCGCGCGGCGACCGGCACACGCCGCUGUUGGAAAUCCAGCUGGCCGGCGCCACCAACUGGAUUGCAGUAAGAUGAUGUCGGACGGCGGCUGACCGGCCGUUGUGAGCCCUCUGAGCGGUCCUGCCCGAUGGCUCCCGGCGCCCGGCCGUGGCUGCAGCUCCGGCCAUGACCUCGGGCUUGGCAGACCGCUCCGUUACCGGCAGCUCGGCUGGGCAGCUGUGCGACAACCUGGCCGCGCCGCCGCCCGCCGCGUUGAGGUCGUUGCUCUGGCGUCCGUUGGCAUGACUCCACCGAAUCAACAUUCCGAGGGUUCAGGAUAUGGACCCGGCAUGGCGCGAACGAGGCGUUCCUGAGAGCGGGUUGGCGCCGGACAGGGGCGCUAGGGCCUCUGAUCGGCAGUUUCCGCUCCGAUUGGCUGCACCUUUCAGGUGGGCUUAAGUCCCUACGACGUCGUGUCGUUGAGAUCUGAAUCAGGGUUCGGCCCGUAGCACAAAACGUGAUUCGUGUUUAAACAUCCGCUUCUUUUCGCCUCGCUCUUGCUUUAUCCUACACCGGAAUGGUGGCGGUCGCUUGUCCGGGGCGGGGUGCACGCAGGAGCCACGAGUGGGCCGAGAGGCCCCCCUUGGGCACUUGGUGCAUACGUUGCACAGGGGCCUCUGCCGGGUUAAGUCGCGGCGAGUUGGUCCCCGGGCGCGUGUAGUACUCCCCUCUGUUAUCCGCUCUCCUUCAUCCUGUGGCCUUGAAAUAAUAAUUAUUGUUACUGUUGUUAAUUAUCAUUACAUCACAUUACUGGCUCUAAUCCAACUAAUCAAAUAACCAAAAAUCGUGUUUAAAUUUUGUACAGCCUACACAAUAUUGAUCGAGAGCCAGUUUGGGUCCGUUUUAUUUGGAAACCGUGCUCACGAACGAAAUAUAUGAACCAGUCGAUGAUUAUGA